AUAAGACGCACUCACGUUUUAUUGGAAGCCCCAUAGGGGGGAAAAGGGUUUCUAGAGCCUAUCAUGACUAAGUAACCAGACACUGCCUAUUUCAUUUAUAUAAUUAUCAAGUUCAUAACACAUUCUAACUAUGAACUAGUGUGUGAUCGCGAUACGGACCAAAGAACAAGACAUGGAAUGGAAAGCAUCAUUUUGGUAGCAGUUAAUGCAGAUAGUGCUGUUGAAGGUUAAUGAUCAAAUGAAAAGGCGAUCCGAAAGGUUUUUCAGAACGUCCUCAAUCGAGAGGGAGUGGGUGAUUUUAAACUCAGUCGCCACAGAUCACUGCAGAUUGGUGUUACGUUUCAGGAUUAUACACGCAACCUACCUAUUUGUACGACAAUAACAAUCAACGUUGUGCAUGUCCAUUACCUCACAUUCCUGGGACCCUCUUUCUUUCAUAUCUCUCCCAGUUCAAUCAUAAAUAUGAGUAACGAGGGCUCCAAUGAGGCCCCCAAAAUCAAGUUCAAGUCCAUCAAUCGAAAAAAGAAACAAUUCCGUCGCCGAGUUUCAGAUGAUGACGAUGAAGAUCGUGCCCAGGAUGACCAACUUGACCCGCCCGAACCCAACUUAAUCCUGGCCGAGACCUUGGAGCUUCAGAAGCUCCGUCAGAGGUCGUCGGGUAUCUCUAAUAUCACUUUAGCUUCUGGCCAGAAGUUGACCAAAAUCGAGGAAUCGCUAAUGACCGCCGUGGACAACGACCCUUUCAAAAUCCAAACGGGCGGGCUUUUGGACUUAAGAAAGGCCAAAGCGGCGAAGGCCAUCGAGAAUGGGGAGGUGCCACAAGAGGAUGUCCUGAACGGCAAGAACAAGGAUCUCAUGGUGGGCACGCAAUUCUCCAAAGAGACACGGAUUCGAGAUGAAGACGAAGAGAUGCAGAAAUUCAUCGAAUCCGAAAUGGAGCGUCGCCGUGGCAAGACUGAUGAUUCCGAAGGCCAAGGCCUGAAUUUCCUUACCCCAGAGGAUCGAGCUCUUCUGUCCUUGCCCGAGAAUCUGCGGAAAUCCACUUUCAGCAAGAGCGAAGAUAUGUUAUCCUCGCAAAUGUUGAGUGGCAUCCCUGAAGUGGAUUUAGGGAUAGAAGAGAAAAUCCGAAAUAUUGAAGCCACCGAGUCCGCUAAAAAGAAAUGGGCCUCGGAAGCUCGCCAGAAAAAACGUCCUUCCGAAUUUGUUCCGAGUAAUCUAGCGGUCAAUUUUAAAGUGCCGGACCGAUUCAAAAUCGAUAUCGAUGAGAUCGAACCGCCGGUGAAGGCCAAGAGGCCCAAGGAGGAGGUUAUUACGCAAAGGACCGUGGUAGUUGGGGAUGUGCCGGAAUUGAAAGUCAUUGGACUCGGUGCCGACUCGAGCCAAUCGAACGCACAAAGAGGCGAUAAAGCCACGGAUGAUUUGCAUGUCAGUAAAUUCAAACAGCAUUUUCAUCGUAAAUAAAAUAGCGUGUAUUUUAAGGA